AGGGGAAAACAGAUAUCGAGAAAAACCCUAAAAUUUGAAUAGCGGGGAGAGUUGGAAAGAGGAUGCCGAAGACGAGGAGGAUGAGCGAUCUUCCGCAGGAAUUGGUUGGGGAGAAGAUACUGACGAAGGUUCCGAUAACAUCAGUGAAGGAGGUUCGAUCUACUUGCAAAAAAUGGGAGGCAAUAACCAAAAGCUGGGUGGUUUUGGGUAAAGCAGCAGCAGCAGCAGCAGCAGCAGGGCCGCAUGAGUUUCUGGGGUUCAUGACGAUGAAUGCCAAGGUCUACUCUCUGAGGUUCCAUCUCCGCGAAGAAGAAGAAGAAGAUUUGGUUGUUGAUGUGUCGGCAAAGCAGGUAGAUUUGCUUAAUCAGUUGGAGAUAUCAAAGGUAUAUCACUGCGAUGGGUUGGUGUUAUGCGUGGCUACGGACCACUCGAAGCUGGUGGUGUGGAACCCUUACCUGUGUCAAACAAGGUUGAUCGGACCGAGAGAAAACUUCAACAUAAGAGACAAUUACGCCAUCGGAUACUCCUCCUCCUCCUCAGAGCGCGACCACAAAAUCCUGAGGUUUGUGGAUGAUUACAGUGCCCCUGGACCAACACGCGUUUUCAGGUGCGAAAUCUAUGGAAUUAGCUCUGAUUCAUGGAGAGUCCUCAAGCCCAAGCCCGAGUGGAAGAUACAGAUAAAUGAGCAUCACCGAGGCGUGUCUGUCAAGGGAAACACCUACUUUUUUGCUCACGAGAGGUUUGUUGUUAUAGAUGACUUUGGCGGAAGGGACUGCGAGGUGGAAGAUUUCUUACUCUGUUUUGAUUUUACCAAAGAGAGGUUUGGACCACGCCUCCCUCUUCCUUUUCACUCUUACAAUGAAGACUGCGUCACCCUCUCAAACGUUAGAGAUGACCAGCUUGCGGUCCUGUUUGGUGCUUUUGAAUCUGACAGUUUUGAGAUUUGGGUUACCCUUACUGUUGAGCCCGACCAUGUGUCCUGGAGCAAGUUUUUGCUAGUGGAACCGGGGCCUGCUUUGAAGUUUAAGCUUAAUGAUUAUUUUGGUGGGAGCUUCUUUGUUGAUGAGGAAAACAAAGUUGCUGUGGUGUUUGAAAUAUCUGAUCCUCAUCAACACACCGCUUUUGUCUUUGGACAAGCCGGCUACAUCCAAUCUGUGAAUCUCGGACAAGUUACCAAAAUCCAAUACCUUUGCCCCUAUACCACAAAGCACCUUGAAGCCCUUCUUCCUCCACUUGUUUGCUCUUCCUCUUACCGUCCAAGCUUAAUGCAAGUCAAGCGAACCCCUCUGCACAAAAGGAAACGCCACCUGCUCAGGGGUUAAAAUUGAGCAUGUUAAUCUGCAGUCCAAGUUUGGUUGUGAUCGCAGUUCCGUCUAUCUAAUCUCUUUUUGUCUCUAAGACUCUUGUGUUUAAACUCUUGUAGUGUUUUUGACAUUGCCCCUAUGUUUUCCAUGGUCUAUCUUGUGUUUGUCUUA